AGGAGCCUUCCGGAGCGGGUCACGUGCCCCGGGCGUCCCGCCCAAUCAGAGCGCCGGAGCGCGACGGUGGCUCGAACUCCCGCCAAAUACAAGCGAGGGAGCCCGGUUUGGACGGCGAGCGGGAAGGGACAAAAAAAAAAGGGCAGAAGACGAAAGAAGGAAGGGAGAAAGGCUUCCUAUGCCGGGAGCGGAGGGCAGGAAGGGCCCGGGCUUCUUCCUCCCGCCUUUUGAGGGGAGAAGCCGGCCACGAAGGCCUUUCUGAGCGAUGGAGUGUCGAGACAAAUCCGCCACUCCAGGCCGAAAACUGAUCCAAGCCCGACUGCCUUUUAAACGCCUGAAUCCGGUGCCAAAGGAGAAACUGGAUGGAAACUCGGGAGCCAAAAAAGCCAGGAACUCUCCAAAUGUCCUAGAUCAAAACACACUUUGUGCCAGUUUGUCAUCAGACAACGUGGAGAAUGGCGGCGAGGCAGAAAGCGAACCCCAGUUUGUUUCGAAACUUGUUAACGGCAAGGGUCCGCUCGAUGUCUUUGUGCAGAAAGGUCCCAAAAACAGGGCAAGUGAGCCCUUGCUUGUCAUUGACUUGGUGGGAAAUUCGUGCCACAGACUGACGGGUAACACAGAACACGUCGCAUCAGGCCACGGAGCAAAGGAAGCUCCAGAGAAGGUAGGAAAUCAGGCCGGAACGCCACGGCCUCCUUGCGGUGCCACCGAGGAUAUUCAGAUGGAAACCUCCCCUGCGCCGGCAGAGAAGGAUGAGUCCAAAAUUGGGACCCACAGCGCCAAGCAAAGCAAGCUCAGCAAUAUCAUCUUUGAAAGGAAAUUGCCUGUGGUUGUUCUGGAGGACAUCAUGGCAAGGUCGCCCCGAGCGUUGCCUUUGGAAAGGAGUUUGGCUUCAGAAACGAUGGAGUCUAUUCCCGAAGAGGACACGGCGGGGACAAGCUCUUCACUCAGCUCCCUGUCGCUCGCCAGUUCCCCGGAAUCUCUCUCCACACGGAAGGACACGCAUGUGAGCCCCUUAGCGGCGUCGACACCAGCUCGGAAGGUAUCCCAGAAGACCCACCAAAGUGCCGAGGAGAAGGAGAAACUGAAGCUGCAGAAGGAUCAGGAACGAGCGGAGAAAGGGAGGCUGAAAGAGGAGGCCAAGGCGGCCAAGGAACGCGCCCGGGAGGAGGCCAGGCGGAAGAAGGAGGAGGAGAAGGAGCUGAAGGAGAAGGAGAGGAAGGAGAAGAAGGAGAAGGACGAGAAGGAGAAGGCGGAGAAGCUGCGGGUCAAAGAGGAGAAGCGGAAGGAGAAGCAGGAGGCACUUGAGGCAAAAUUGGAAGAGAAAAGGAAGAAGGAAGAGGAGAAGCGGUUGAAGGAAGAGGAGAAAAGGUUGAAGGAAGAGGAAAAGCGUAUCAAAGCGGAGAAGGCCGGAAUCACCAGGUUCUUCCAGAAGCCAAAGACACAGCCUGUGCCAAAGACCUUGGCCGGCUGGUGCGGGAAGUUUGCCCCCUUUGAGAUCAAAGAGAAUAUGGUGCUUGCCCCUCUCUGCCGCGCAGCCAUCGAUCUGGACCUCUUGGACCACUUUGAUUGGCUCCUGCAAGCCCAGGACGCCGGCACUACAUUCUUGGAGGAACUGAAGGGCCGGGAGCCUUGCAGGUCGGGCCCCACUCUGGUUGCCGACGUCAUCGGCAGCGACGUGGUCGUCGUGGUGGGCAGCAGCCAAGCCGGUGAUGUGCCCGACCGGAAGACCUUUGGCCGGAUGAAGCUGCUGCAGUUCUGCGAAAACCACCGGCCGGCCUAUUGGGGCACCUGGAACAAGAAGUCCCGCUCCAUCCGCCCGCGGAACCCGUGGUCGAAGGAUGAGAAGCUCUUGGACUACGAAGUGGAAAGUGACGAAGAGUGGGAAGAGGAGGAGCCCGGGGAGUCCCUCUCUCAUAGCGAAGGGGACGAUGAUGAUGAGGGCGGAGAGGAGGAGGAUGAAGACGACGGCUUCUUCGUGCCCCACGGAUACCUCUCGGAGGACGAAGGCGUGACUGAAGAAUGUGACCCCGAGAACCACAAGGCCCGCCAGAAGCUGAAGGCCAAGGAGUGGGACGAGCUCCUCACCAAGGGGAAGCGCUUCCGGGUCCUGCAGCCGGUGAAGGUGGGCUGUGUCUGGGAAGGGGCCAAGGACGGCGGCGAGGGCACAAACCCCGACGCGAGGCUCCUCCAUCAGUUCGCGGUGGCCGUCCUGGACUCGAGCCUCGCCGACGAGGAGCAGACGGAGAGGAACAACAAGAAGAAAACAAAGAACCAACAGAUCUUGGGACAGUUGCUGCCUCUGCUUCACGGGAAUGUUCAUGGGAGCAAAGUCAUCAUCCAGGAAUUCCAGGAGUGCUGCCGCCGGGGCCUGUUGCCGGGAACUGAGAACCCUGCAUCCGUGGCGAGUGGCGGCAGCACCGCCCCCUCCAGCCCAGAGACCCUUGUGGCGGCAGCACCGAUCCCCGUCCCGUCCAAAGCCAGGCUGAAGCGCAUCAUCUCGGAGAACUCUGUGUACGAGAAGCGGCCCGAGCGCCGGAUGUGUUGGUACGUCCAGCCGGAAGUGCUGAGGAGUUACGGCCGGGAGGACCUGCCCGUCCCCUGCCAGUGGGACUACGUCACGCAGGUCCCGGCGGGGAACAAGGAGGAGAGCGGGAAUUCGCCUGGCGGCACAGCGGUGUCAGCGUCGACGACACAGACGACUCCGCUCUCGGUGAAACGGAGACCGAUGGGAAGCAUGUCCAUCACAAAAUUCAUGAAGAAGACGCCAGGUGCUGGGCAGGCCGAAACCGCAGAGAUGGAUGGGUUUCAGGCAGACACGGAGGAAGACGACGAGGACGAUUGCAUCCUUGUGGAGCCGCAUCCCAAGAAAGCAACCGACCCGAAGCCCUCCGAACCCUUUCCGAAGAUGGAGCAAACGGAUGGGGUUGUGGCCUGAGCUUGUCCGCCUUUCCGUUGCUCUGUAUGUAUGUAGAAUCCUUGUAGCCCGUUGUAAAACCCCUGUGUAUCCCACUUUUUUAUGUGUACGAGAUACUUGAACAUCCUCUGUGUUCCUUGUAAAGAGAAGACAGCACUUUGUUCGGCGGCGGAAACAGACCUUGUUUUUCUUAGACGCUUUAGUCGGGGGACGAUGGGAGGGACAGGUUUUAGGGGAAGAGAAUCUGCAACUUAUACUCUCUUUAAUAAAAGCAUUAUUGACUUUCCGGAUGGAGCCUGUGA